UUCCGGUACAUUUUUCCCAUAUCAAAAAUGAGAAACUGUCAGACUUUGUCUCCUUAAAACGCUGUUCAUGAUAAGACAGUUUGUCAAGUGUAGCAGUCAGACUUGAUGGAGGUUGGAUUGAGGGUUGUCCGAGGCCCUGACUGGAAGUGGGGGAACCAGGACGAUGGGGAGGGUCAUGUGGGGACCGUGGUGGAAAUAGGAAAACCAGGAAGCUCCACCUCACCAGACAAAACAGUGGUCGUGCAGUGGGACUCUGGCUCCAGGACAAACUACCGUGUGGGCUAUCAAGGAGCAUAUGACCUCCGAGUGUUGGACAAUGCACCAAUAGGUGUAAAGCAUCAAAACAUAAUAUGUGAUGCCUGUAAGAAACAAGGAAUCCAGGGCAUGAGAUGGAAGUGCACCAAAUGUCACGACUUUGACCUCUGUACAGCCUGUUAUAUGGCAGACAAACAUGAUCUGGGGCAUGCCUUUCUCAGAAUAGAAAAUGCUGCUUCCAGAGGUGAAAAGAUGCCAAAGAGAAGGGACACUCAGAAUAGCACCAAACUGCAGUCCUAUGGCAUAUUCGCUGGUGCUAAGGUCAUAAGAGGGCCGGAUUGGGACUGGGGAAACCAGGACGGUGGAGAGGGGAAGAUAGGUAAGACUACCGACAUACGAGGAUGGGACUCGGAAUCAGGUCGGAGUGUGGCUCAUGUGACCUGGCAAUCUGGGUCAACCAACGUAUACAGAGUGGGACAUAAAGGGAAGGUGGACCUGAAAUAUAUCAGUGCUGCCCCUGGCUGGAGUUACUACAAGGAACACCUACCUGUUCUAGGUAAACUAGGAGAGUUUCCAGAUGUUGUUGCCCAGGGUGGGAUUCCUUGCCAGUUCAAGGUUGGUGAUAAAGUCCGUGUUGACUUAGAUGCAGAUAUUCUAAAGUGCAUGCAGGAAGGGCAUGGAGGAUGGAACCCACGCAUGGCUGAGUACAUUGGGAAAGUUGGCACUGUCCACAGAAUCACAGAGAGGGGUGAUGUUAGGGUACAGUAUGAAGGGUGUACCAACAGGUGGACAUUUCAUCCUGGGGCACUCACAAAGGUGCAUGUUUUUGCUGUCAAUGACUGUGUUAGGAUCUCGGACAAUAUACAUCAGGUCAAAGAACUUCAAAAAAGUCAUGGAGAAUGGACAGAGAAUAUGAGAACUACCCUUGGAAGAGUGGGGAGAGUGCUGAAGGUGUACGCUGAUGGUGACCUUCGAGUUGCAGUGGCCAAUCAGACAUGGACUUUUAACCCAGCUUGUUGUUCUAUAGUUCCUUCAAUAGAACCAGACAUCAAUAAUACCAAUGGAGGACAUGAUCAGCAUGAUCACUCCACUACUCUGUCAGAUUUACUGGAACAGUUGAUGGACAUAAGGGCAGAUACCACUGGUCCCGAGAGAUUGGUUAGAGAGGCAGCUCAAGGUCACGCAGAGGCUGUCAAGGACAUUGUCACGAAACACCCAGAUAAAGUGGACCAGAAGAGCUCGGGGAAGUCUGCACUACAAGUGGCCAGUCAUCAGGGACACAAAGAGAUCGUCCAGAUCCUGCUCGCUCACAACGCUAAACUCACCGUACAGGAUGAGGAUGGGGACACAGCUCUCCAUUACUCAGCCUUCGGCAACCAACCUGAAGUAAUGGAAUUGCUUCUCAAGAAAGGUGCUCAAAUUAAUGCAUUGAACAAUGGGGGAUGUAGUACAUUGCAUGUAGCAGUCAACAAGCAGCAUGCAGAAUGUGUCCGAAUCUUGCUCAAAUACAAGUGUAAUGUCAAUAUUCAGGACUCCUAUGGAGACACAGCUCUUCACGAUGCUAUAGGUAAGGAGAAGCAGGACAUCAUCGAGGGCCUCAUUAACUACCCCAGUAUUGACUUCACUCUGAAGAACAAGCGAGGAUUCAAUGUGCUACAUCAUGCCGCUCUGAAGGGAAACAGUUUUGCGACAGAGAAGAUCCUGCUCAAGUGCCGACAGAUAGUGGACAUCAAGAAAGAUGAUGGUUUCUCUGCCAUUCACCUGGCUGCACUCAAUGGACAUCGGGACGUCACUCACUCUCUCCUGACCCAAGGUCAAGCCAACAUUGAGAUCAGAAACAACCGACAACAGACGCCUUUACUUCUGGCGGUGUCACAGGGUCACACCUCUAUUGUGGAGCUCCUUGUCAACAGUGGGGCGGAUCUAAAGGUGGAGGAUGAGGAUGGGGACACAGCACUACAUCUGGCCCUCAUGAGACAAAGUGUGACCACAGAGCAAGAGAACACACCCAUGUUAGACUCUAUAAGAGAACACCUAGAGAAUAAGGAAUUAGAGGAGAUCACCUGGGGUGUAUUGAUGACCUGUUACCUGGCAGAGAAAGGGGCUGAUCUGUACCAUAAAAACCACCAAGGAAAAACACCACUCAACAUCAUAGGGGACGCCAAAACAGAGGAAGUGGUGCAGGAGUAUGCCACAGGAAAUGUCACCAACAUCCCAUCUGUGGAGAAGGAGAAGGAGUGCAUUAUCUGUGAGGACCAGCAAGCCAACGUUAAGUUUGAGCCGUGUGGACAUGUGGCAGUGUGCCAUGAUUGCUGUCAGAGGAUGAAGAAGAUCAAACGCUGUUUUGUCUGUCGCUCCAACAUCGAAUCCAAAAAAAUAGGUGACAAGGAAGUGUCUGAGCCUAUAGACAAUCCCAUGACAACAGAUGAAGAUGUUACACUGUGUACUAUCUGUAUGGAGAGGAAGAAGGACACAGCCUUUCUGUGCGGACACAUGGUUUGUCACGUGUGCGGAGAAUCCCUACGGAACUGUCAUAUGUGUCGGCGGGUGAUCACCAAGAAGAUCUCCAUCUUCCUGUAGGCACCUCUGUGAGUGAAAGGAAGAUCCUCAACGUUCCUGCAGGGGCCUCAGUGAGUUUUCACCAAGAAGAUUCCCAUCUACCUGAAGAGGCACCUCAUAAGGGCAUGAGCUGUGAACGGUUGUUACUAUUCAGGAACAUCUUUCUAGGGAGCUCCUGUAGAGAAUUUGAAGGAGAGGCACAAGCUAAACAGCGUCCUCUUAUCUUUAGAAAGGAAAUUUUGUUAAUGAAAACUCUGUAUUGAAUUUACCACUGUUCUGGAAUAUUGUAUAGUCUUAUAGACAUGUAUGAAAUUAUAGCACAUGUGCUGUGUUUUGUGUGACUGUGCAACAGAAUAUAAUAAUAUUGCAUGUGAUGCUCACAUUUGCAUGUUUAUUUAAAGUAUAAACUCAUACCAGGCAUUUAUAUAUCACAGUUGUCUAAAUGUUAGGUUUUAUAAUUUAUUUUUGUCAAUUUUUACCUCAAUUUUGUAUGUUAUACCUAUGUUUAAAUUUCAUUAUCUUAUCCAUCUCUAUUUGUUUUUAGUGUGUUUUGUUGAAUAUUUCAUCAGAUUUGAAAAGAAAUGUCCAUUUAUUGGGGGAAAAUCAGUGAAAAUUUGAGAAAAUUGGCAAAAAGAACAUAAACAUAAUGACUGCAUCAUAACAGCCUGUACACAAUCAGAAGUUGGCCCACAUGGUGUUAAGGAGACAGUGCUUUGAGCUGUGAUAGAGUUGUCUCCCUUUAAUAAAUGCUACGGGGAUUCAUGAAGUGUGAUAGGUGUUUCACAAACUCAAAGGAGUGAAUGUUCACCGACUAUAUCUUUAUUAUGGCUUUGUUGUGUAAUUUGUAUAUUUUUUGUUGUUUUUGAUUCAAAAGAAACAACAAUUUUUUUGUGUGUGUGCAAACGCAUUGCUUUUUUAAUUAUAAUGGACUGGAAUUUAAUCACCUUUCAUCACAUAUUUGUGUAAAAUGUUUGGUGCAAACAUGUAGCUAUCAACCGAGUUGAAGGCAAGAUCUUCAUUUAAUAAGGAAGUUAUUUUGUCUGGUUUCUUGAAAUUUUCAAAAGGGCAAAAUAAAGUACAUGUAAAUGUCUAUAAGAGACUCAAAAUCUGGGACAUAAUGUGCCAUCUUUAGUUUUGUUUUCAUUCUGACAGAAGAAGAGAAAUACUUGAUUUUUUUUUCACAGUUAUUUAAUUUCCUUCAGAUUUGUCUGAAGUAAAUAAAAAUUAAAUGGUUUAUGAAUUUAUCAAAUCAGAAAUAUUUGCACUAGCUUUAUUUGUGACUGUGUUCUUGCAGAGUUUUUUGAAAAGAAACUUGUAUACCGAAAUUGUGCAUAUGUAUAUUUAGCCAACAGGGCAUGAAGUAUGUGUAUUUAUUUAUUCAUUUUUAAGUUAUUUAAUGGAUGGUCAUACAUUUUUGUUAAAUCUUUUUUGCUACCUCUUGUAAUGAAUUUAGCUUGUGAUACAUCAAUUUCAGACAAAACCAAAAACAGAAUAGAUCAUCAGACAUGUACUUUUUUUAUAUGUACAUGUAUGUUUACAAUGUUAAUCAAUGUAAUAAUAUGUGUGGAAGACAGUUUAAACCAUUAUUACAACAUUUUAAAUUGAGGGAUUGGGGGAAAUUAAUACAUGUAUUGUGAUUAGAGAUGAUAAUUUUUUAAUUAAAAUUUGGUCAUUUAUAUUGAAAAUACAUGUAUCAAAAGACACACAAGUAUUUUAUUUGUUAUUGCAUAAAGAUCAUGGUAUCCUUCAACAUUGGUGAAACAACAGUACUAUUUUUCACCCACCAUCAAGAAUGAAAUUUGACAUGACAAGCUUCAAGGUGGAUAAACAUGUAAAAUGAGGAAAACAGCAGAAUAUUAAUUGAAUUAAUUGAAUUAAUACAUACAUAUACAGAUUUAUUUCUAUUCUAUUCUGGAAAGGUGGUAUAAAAAAGGAGGAAAGACAUAUUGUAAAACCAAAAGCAGAAAAACAAUGUGAAGAAGUUUUUAAAAAGGAGACAAGUUGUGAAAUUAAAAUGGUAUAAUCUCUCUGUCUCAGUUGUGAGGAAAUUGAUACUAGAACUUUGAAGAGAAUGGACAUAUUAAGAAAUAAAGGGAAGGAAGAUGUAAACAUGUAAUCAUGAUUCACAGCUACAUUGAAAUGUAAUUUUCUUCAACUGAAAUCUGACUUUAAAAUGUAUCCAGAUUUUUAAAUACCCAUUGAUUUUGAUAUAUAGCCUCUUAAUCUUCCUGUUCAUUAAACUAAUGUAAACCUUAUCCAAUUCAUUUAGUGAAAAUAUAGUUCAAUCAAUAAAAUUAGUCAUAACAUUAA